AUGGUUGAUGUAGCUCGUAUGGAAACUCAAGUAUUAUAUCUCUCAUCGUCUGACAAAUUGUCGCGAUUUGAGAUUCCAAAGGCUGUCCAAUGUUAUGGGGUGCCAUUCAUUAUCGAGGGUGGCAAUGUUGUCAUUGUGUCUGGACCCCAAUCCGGUAAAACGACCACAGCUGCGAUCUCUAUUCUACAGACGAUUGAUACAUCGUGCGAGGAAACUCAGGUUCUAUAUCUAUCCCAUACACGCGAAGAAGCCACUAAAUGCAAAUGUUUACUUAUGUCCCUGAGUAUCGAUAUGAAUGUAAAUUGCUUUCUUUGCAUUGGUGGUACCACUAUUGCCUGUAGACCCUUACCUAAGGAGAGAUUUAUUGUUUGUGGUACUCCUGGACGUGUUUUGGAUAUGAUCGAAAGGAAAAUUAUACGAACGUCUAGUAUUCGAACAUUUGUGCUUGACGACGCCCAUUUGUUGUUGAGAGGGGGCAUCAUCGGAGAUUUGGACAUUAUAUUUAACCAUUUGCCACCCACCGUUCAGAUUGUAAUGAUUUCAAGUAGAAUGUCUUUGGUAUCCAUUGAAGUCGCUCGUAUAUACGUGAGAAACUCGGCAGAUUGGAUCUUACCCAAGAGCAAUGAAAGCCAAUUGGCAGCCGCAUGGAACACCCAGUCAACGAAUGAAACUGCAGUUAAAACCAGCGAAUCUGUGGAGAUCUUCAACACAUUUGCAUCUAUGAAACUUAAAGAAAAACUUCUUGAAAGCCUUGCAAUAAUUGGAUAUCGGAGUCCAUUGCCUGCCCAGAGAUAUUGUAUCAAACCAAUUAUUGAUGGACGUAAUGUUACUGCUUUUUGCAAAGUCGCACCGGUAAAACAACCACAAUAG